UUAAUAAACUGAUGUGCUUGACAUCAUCUGAAACCAGGUUGUCUCAAUUGGUGUCUGUAAUUCUGUUUAAUUGUAAAUUUAUAUUUUUUGCUUCUCUUUAUAAUUAAUUUUAUCAAAGUUCUAUUUGAAUGCCAACAUUUAAUCAUUUAAUUUAUCUUAAUAUUUAUCCUUUUUUGGUCUUUUUUGAAUUGUGUUUAAAUCUGUUUUCAAGCAAAGAGCCGACAUCAGCAUUCAGGUUGUAAUAUAAAAAAAAGAUCUACCCUCUAAAAUCAUUUUUAUUUUCUCCGUCAUAUAAUGUCUCUUGAAUUGUCCUCACCACCAAGCCUUGAUCAAGUAUUAGAGGCUGUGAGUAGAUUCUAUCGAAAUGAGGCUUGUACGGAUAAAGAAGCUAAAGAGAUGGCUGGAAAAUGGCUCGAAAGUAUACAAAAGAGCGUCUACGCUUGGGAAAUAGCUGACCAACUGCUAAUCAGAAGAAGUGAUGUUGAAACAUGUUACUUUGCUGCUCAAACUUUGCGAAUGAAGCUUCAGAAUAGCUUCUCUGAACUUCCUCCAGACUCAUACACAUCUCUGCGAAAUUCAAUAAUUAACCAUUGUAAAGAAAUCAAUGUUAAAGUUAUUCAAACACAAUUAUCACUAUGUAUUACUUAUUUAGCCAUCUUAGAUGUUUCUUGGACUAAUCCUGUCGAGGAAAUAGUUGCCAGUGGCCUUGACUAUUAUGUGGUUGUCGAGAUUUUGACUUUACUACCAGAAGAGCUUAAUCAAUCUAGAAACCCUAAUUUGAAAAGUGUUGGAGGUAACCGAAGAACUGUGAUGCUUAAGUACCUAACCAGUAUCGGCCCAAAAAUGGUAACCUUUCUAUACAAUACUAUGAGAGAAAUCAAGUGUCAACUCACCAAAGAUACAGCAGAAGAGCCUGAAUCAAAACAACAAAUUGCUGAAAAAUUGUUCGCCAAAAUUUAUCGAUGCUUAGGAGCCUGGUUAACUAUUAUCGAUGCUAGUGAUAUUAAUUGCAUUGAACCCUUAUUAACUGCGAUUUUCAGUUCACUUCAAGAUCCAAAUACCCCAGAUACAAUUCAUGACGCUGCAGCUGAUACAAUUUGUAGUGCUGCUCUUCUUUGUGAGGAAUAUGACAAAUAUCAUCAUUUAACUCAUUAUUUGUUGAUUCAGAUUUACCAAUUAGAAGGUGUUUAUCAACAUUCUGUCAAUAAUGAAGACAUAGAUAAAUCAGUUAAUUUCAGCCGUAUUUUCACUGAAAUGGCGGAAUCAGUUGUCAACCCACUAAUCAUAGGAGAUGGACAAAUACCUGUCAAUUCACCCGUCUCGGGACUUGAUCUAGUUAGUCUUUUACUUAGAUGUGUUGAUCAUUAUGAUUUUGAAGUGGCUGAAAUUACUUUCCAAUUUUGGUACCGUUUUGCCGAACUCAUCUGUAAACGAAACAAUCAUGUGGCCCAAACUUACAGUCAACAUGUAAUUAAACUUUUAGAUGGUUUAACAAUUCACUGUCAACUAGAUACUGAUCAAGAACAUUUAUUAACUCCACAAUCGGACCUUCAAGAGUUUCGUAUUCGAGUCAAAGAUUUAGUCAAAAAGGUGAUUGUCAUUGUGGGUGCUUCCACUUAUAUUCGCCAUAACAACAUCGUCACCAGCCUGAAAACUUCCUUUGGUCAAAUGAGCAAAGAUCAAAUUUCAUGGGAGCAAGACGAGGCUUAUCUUUUCAUGAUUCUUUGUCUUAUAAAAGAUAUCUAUGAUGACUCAGCCCUGGUUACUGAUGUAGUCAACCUUAUUUUAUUCACCCGCCAAUGUCAAUUUAACCCUAAUACUGGUGUACAAGUACGAACCCUACAUCCUCAAAUAUUUGCUACAUGCUGUAACAUAUUAGGUGAAUUAAGUGAUUGGUUUGAAAAUCAGCCAACAAUUUUAUUUAAUCAUGUUCUUGACUACCUCUUACCUUUGGUUACCACCAACAAUUCCCAAGAUAAAUCAAUGGUUGAAAUGUCUAAAUCACCAUCUACAUCAGAGUCCAGCGUAAGCCUUUCAUCCAUUGCAGCUUCAGCAUUAAAUCAAAUAAUUAGCUGUUGCGCUGCGCGACAUCUCAUCGGUAAUGAUACCAUCAUCGAAUUACUGAUGCGUAUUUGUAUUCAAUCGGAUGUUCUCAAUGAAGCCGCUGUCCAUAAUUUGCUUCAAUGUUGCUCAACCGUAGUUAGCCAAUCUACUGAAAAUAAAAGUCGAAUCGACCAAGAGAUUGUGGUUGUUAAACUCUUAGAACCCAGUGUUGGAUGUCUAAGUCGAAUUGUCAGCGGAACACUUGAGGCUGGCAAAGCAGAUCCUGUUAUUUACAUGGAUCGUAUUUCUUCCAUCUUCCGAUGUCUACGCCUUAAACCGAGGAUACCUAAUCUAACACCUAAUGAAUCUCCUCUAGAUAUUAGGGUAAUGGAAUUAUGGAAAUUAAUUGAUGCCGUUCUCAAACACACCUCAAGCACAAGCGAUUCUCGUACAGUUGAAAAAGCUUGCAGAUGUCUUCGAUAUGUGAUUCGUUGUUUAAAACCAAUCCAUUUAUUAAUCCCGGUUGCUGAAUGCAUUGUCAACCUUUACUCUCAAUUUCCUCAGCACUCAUGUUACCUAUACUUAGCAUCUAUUUUGGUCGAUGAAUUUGGUGAUACCGGAGACUUAUCUUUAACAGAUGCAGACAGGGAAAAAAUUGACAAUGGAUUAUUAGAAAUGUUAACUCAUUUUUGGAGACCUACUUUUGCUCUCCUCAGCGGUCAGCGUGUUGAAUUGAGAAAUCACCCUGAAACCAUUGAUGACUUUUUUAGACUCUGUACAAGAUAUUUACAAAAAAAUGGUUUACGCUUCCUGUCAUUCUCUAUGCUUGGUCAAAUUCUUGAACUAUCUUUAGCCUCAUUAGCCUUAGAUCAUCGGGAAGCAAAUACAUCUGUCUGUAAAUUUAUAGGAGAACUCAUCGAAACUGGUAAAGAUCCGAAAGCACUUCCCAUUAUUCGUGAUCAGGUUGAACAGUUAUUGACUGCGUGUUUAGGAAAUGAUGAUUGCUAUGGACAAAAACUGACAAACACGUUAAUGAAUUGUUCUUUAACCACAUUACCAUCAUUUUAUAUACCUGAUAUGGCUGAUAUCUUAUGGAGAUUAUUAAAUUGGGAUAAAACAAGAGCCUGUUUAUGGCUUGAAAAAACUCUCCAGGCUGUUUCCAUUCAUCUACAACCGACGACACCCGAUGCAGCCCCACUACAGUUGCAGGAAUUCUAUGAGACAAUAAAAAAUGCAUCCAAUAUGAAAUUACUCAUAUCCUCAAUGAGAAGUUUAUCGAGAACCUAUCGAUGAUGAAUUAGAGACAAAAUUAUAACAACUUGACGACAAUCUAUUAUCUUGACUUUUAAAUUACAAUAAUAAUAACAAUGAUAUUAAUACUAAUAAUAACAAAACUUGAUCAGCGAAUUCUGCGAGUUGUCAAAAAAUUUAAGAUUUGAUGUCUACAAAGAUUUUAUUUAUCAAAAUCAACUCUGUUUUCAACAUCAUCAAAAUAACUUGUUAAUUGGUGAACUCACCUUAACAUGAUUAAAAAAAGAAAGAUCUGUCAGAAAAUCGUAUGCAAAUGAUAAUACUUUUGCUUUUUGCUGCUUUCCUCAUCACUUUAGAUUGUAAAUUAAAGAAAUGAAAUUUCAAAUCAACUAUUAUAUUCGGUUUCAUGAAAAAUUGAUCUAAUGAUUGUCUCAGAGGAGUACGAUAAAAUUCAAUACAGUGGUGGUCUGGGUUAAAUCAAUGAAUAAAGGUACCAAUAAGAUCGAA